CAUAGGUAGAUGGUGUAAAGUGGCGGUUUUGGAGAAAUAAAUUAGUUUUACUUAAUAUAUGAGUUCAUUUGGACAUCCUUAGAUUAGCCGACCAAGUGAGCAAUAACAGCAGGAUGACAGGGGACGCUCCUCCCCAAUGAUUUGGGCGGGAAUAAGAUCACAUUCAUGUUCAAAAUAAAUAAUUACUUUUUAUUAAAUAAAUAUUCAUAGAAAAGCUGAAAAGUGGUGGCCUUCUUGAAUUUGAAAAACACCACAUAUGCUUACCAUCACAUGCUCUGCUCCUCGAUCAUCUAUCUCAUUACACAUUACAUGAUUUGAUUUUCUUUUGUCGAAAAACAAGAAAGAAUUGUUAUCUGUUAUUGCUACAAGUUGAUAGGUUGUGUGUUCUUGUCUGGAAUUUUUGCUGUUACUCUACAGAUCUUCUUCAAGAUUUAAUUUUUCAUUGAUGAAAUCAGGAAACCCAGAUAUAAAUCUAUCUUUUUUACAAGAUUACUUUUGAUAGAGGUGUCCAAGAUUGGAUUUUUUGAACUGGGAUUCCUUGAAUCUUCAUCUACAGAUGAAUGUUUGAGUAAGAUUGUAAUGUUGGGGGCAUAUUGAACUGGAAAUUAAGAUGGAAAAGAAGAAAUGGCUAUGGAAGAAAAAAUCCUCUGAGAGGAGCCCUGGUGAAAGUGAGAGUUCUGGAUCAUUUUCUUCGAAUUCUGAAAGAUACUCUGAUGAACAGGAUGCCUUGAGAGAAUCUGCAAAUGAUAGUACACAAUCACCAGAAGUCACAUCUAAAGCUUCAAUGACUGAUGAUGAAGUGAAGGAAAGUAUGAAGAGUCUGACGGAAAAGCUAUCAGCUGCUCUUGUUAACGUCAGUGCUAAAGAAGAACUAGUUAAACAGCAUGCUAAAGUUGCUGAAGAAGCUGUAGCUGGCUGGGAAAAGGCAGAAAAUGAAGUGGCCUUGCUGAAGCAGCAGCUUGAGGUAGCGGUGCAGCAGAACGUGAACCUGGAAGUUCGAGUCAGCCAUCUUGAUGGUGCCCUCAAGGAAUGCGUCAGACAACUGAGACAAGCGAGAGACGAGCAGGAGAAACGAAUCUCCGAUGCUAUAGCUGAGAAAACCACGGAUUGGGAAUCCACAAAAGCUGAACUUGAGAAGCAAAUCAUUGAGGUCCGGGGCCAAGCAGAAGCUGCCAGAACUGAAAAUCCUGCUAUUAUUGAUUGCAAGUCGCUCCUUGUUCUUGAGACUUUGGAGAAAGAGAACUCAUUCCUGAAGCAAGAGCUCAAAUCUCGGUGUAAGGAGUUAGAACUUAUGACCAUUGAGAGGGAUUUAAGUACACAAGCAGCAGAAACUGCUAGCAAGCUGCAAUUAGAGAGCAUAAAAAAGGUUGCUAAGCUUGAGGCUGAGUGUCGAAAGCUUCAAUCUGUUGCUCGCAAAUCAUCUCCUGUCAACAAUGUGAAGUCUUCUGCUGCUUCCUCUUUCUAUGCUGAAUCUCUAACAGAUAGUCACUCGGACAGUGGGGAGAGGCUGAACUCUGUAGACAGUGAUACUCGCAGGAUUAGAAACGUCGACACAAAUGGGUCUGAAGCAAGCUGCUCAGACUCGUGGGCUUCAGUCUUAAUCGCAGAGCUUGAUCAAUUCAAAAAUGGAAAGCCUUUGCCUAAAAGUCUAGGAGCCUGCUCUGCUGAGAUUGAUAUGAUGGAUGAUUUUCUGGAGAUGGAGCGUCUUGCUGCUUUAGCUGAGACUAAGAGCAAAGCCCUGUUAACUCCAUCCGAAUUCACUUCUGGAGAAUCGAGUUCUCUGGAUAGCACAUCAAGAGCUGAGCUUGAUUCAAUGAUUGAACGAGUGGCUGAAUUGGAAAAGAAGUUGGAGAAGAUAGAAGCUGAGAAAAUAGAACUCGAGACUGCUUUAGAUGAAAGUCGAGGUUCCCUCAAAGCAGCACAGAGCAGGAUGUCUGAAACCGAAACCAAGUUGGAAGUGCUGCAAAAGGAGCUCACCGCCGUAACUAAGGCCAAGGAGUUGCUUGAAUCUCAACUCAUCGGUAUGGAAGUAGAAGCAAGAACCAUGUCAGCAAAUAUCAAUUCACUGCAGGGAGAAAUCGAAAAGGAAAGUAAUCUAUCAGCUGAACUAACAGUCAAGUGCCAAGAAUUGGAGAAUGAACUGAAAAGAACAGUUGAAGAAACUGAGAUUCAACAAACCACGAAUUCAACUAGUGAUGUAAAACUAAAACAGGAGGAUCUAGCCGUAGCAGCUGAUAAGCUCGCAGAAUGCCAGAAAACAAUUGCAUCUCUGGGAAGGCAACUUAAAUCUCUUGCAACAUUGGAGGAUUUCUUGAUAGACACUUCAAGCAUACCAGGGUUCUCUAGGGGUGGCCCAUUGCUCGCAGGCAGCGGCGGUGAGAUAUGGAAAUCAACUCCAAGCAGCACCUUUUCUGAUUCGGACAUGUCAAGAACAUCAACAAACAAGAGUGGUCAUCUGAAAAACGGGAACAAUGAGGAAUCAUCGCCACCCUCUUCUUUGUCAACCCCGCCGUCGGCCAACCACAUAGCUGCAGCCAAGAGCCGGAAUGGUUUUGGCAAAUUCUUCUCAAGAAGCAAGAGUGUGAUGGAAGUCAGCAAUUGUCAAGAAUAGUGCAAGAUUUUCUAUUAUCCAUGUUGAAGACAGGAACCUUUGACAGUUAGCAGUUGCUGAUUAAAUUCUGUUUGAUUGGCAAUUCAAUUUAGUUGUCCAAUGGUGUGCCACCGCUGAGUCCUUGGAAACAUGUCGAGAUUCGACAGGUUUUCAUUGGAUAUUGUAAGAGUAUAUCUAGUGAUCAUUCAGCAUCUUACUGUUUGUUUACUGGGAUUUCUGAUCUCAUCUGCGUAUUUGUUGUCAAGUUGUUGAAACGCGGCGGUUUCCCCUCGCCAUGUUGCCGGGUUUCUUUGAAUAAUGCGGCGAGGAAAGUUUG